CCUCUUCUUCUUCCUCCUCCUCCUCCUCCCCCUCCUCCUGCCAGUUGCCCAGUGACGAUGACGUAUCAGUCGGUACUUCCUGAUACACCUGGCUUACAGGUACAGGUAAACAAUAGAAUAAAAGAGAAGAGAGCCGGCGGACCUCUUCAGACCGGUUCAGACGGUUUCAGACAGUUUCAGACUGUUUCAGACUGUUUCAGACAGUUUCAGACUGUUUCAGGGUUCAGAACCGUCAUGGGUGAUUAUAUGAAGACUCAGCUGGUGAACGCCAUCCAGCUGCAGGAGGUGGAAAUGGAGGAGAAACCUGCAGAGAAGCCUUCAGACGACCAGGAGGGGAGCAAGAACACUGCAGCAGCAGGAGACGAGACGUUCACUGUCGAAGAAGCUGUGGAAACAAUCGGCUUCGGUGUCUUUCACGUCAUGCUGUUCCUCAUCAUGGGGAGCGCUGCCAUUGUGGAGGCGAUGGAGAUCAUGCUGCUGGCGGUAGUUUCUCCAGAGAUCCGAUGUGAGUGGCGUCUUGAAGACUGGCAGGUCGCUCUCGUCUCCACGAUGGUGUUUCUUGGCUUCAUGGUGUGUGGAGUUUUAUCAGGAUACCUUGCCGACAGAUACGGACGCUGGAAGGUGGUGUUUGGCGGCUUCGUGUGGAGCGCCUACUUCUCUCUGCUGACGUCGUUCGCUCCGUCGUACGGUUGGUUCAUCUUCCUGCGCUCCAUGGUGGGAUGUGGGGUCGCCGGAGUGUCACAGGGGUUUGUGUUGAAGACGGAGUUCAUCCCGGCAAAGUAUCGAGCCAUCCUGCUGCCUCUGGCCACGGUCUUCUGGAUGUUUGGCUCCAUGCUGAUCAUCAUUCUGGGGAUGUCGGUGGUCCCCACUCUGGGCUGGAGGUGGUUGAUCAGGAUCUCCGUCACCCCCAGUAUCAUCCUCAUCUUCCUCUUCAAGUUUAUUCCAGAGUCAGCUCGUUAUAACGUGUCAGCAGGAAACAUUCAGGCUGCUGUUGAGACUCUGCAGAAAAUCGCUAAAAUGAACCGAGUGUCUCUUCCUGCAGGACGACUGGUGGAGUCAGAGCAGGAACAGAGAGGAAACUGGAGGAUUCUGAUCAGUCCAGCGUUCAGGAGGACGUCUUUCCUGCUUUGGUAUUCAUGGUUUGUGGCGUCCUUCACGUACUACGGCUCGGUGCUGGGCAGCUCGGAGCUGUUGGAGAAGAACUUGUUGUGCGUGACGAACCCGGAUCAUAAGCAUUUCAUCAAACACCACCACGGGGACGUACUGUGUUACUGCAUCCCCUUCCAGCUCAGCGACUACCAGACACUGCUCAUCAGCUCUCUGGGGGAGGUCGCUCUGGUCCCAAUAAACAUCUGUCUGCUGAACGCCUUCGGACGGAAGAUGAGUCUGACCGUGCUGCAACUGGUGGCGUCCGUUUUGUUCAUGAUGCUCAACGUCUGCACCUCCAUGUUUGGCUUCACAGUGUUGCUGUUCCUGCUACGGUCUCUGGUCUCCAUGAACUUUAAUGUGGUUUAUAUUUACACCGCUGAGGUGUAUCCGACGUCAGUCCGGUCUUUGGGGAUGGGCUUCUGUACGUCGUUCAGUCGGAUCGGGGGAAUGAUCGCUCCGUUCGUCGCUCAGGUGUUGAUGUCUCAGUCGGUGAUUAUGGCGCUCAGUCCGUUCGCGUUAUCCUGUGUGAUCUGUGCUCUGGGAAACUUCCUGCUGCCUAUAGAAACUAGAGGACGAGCUCUGCUGCAAAGCUCCUGAUGACGCCUCCAAACAAACUGUUACUGUAGUUUUAUUAUUGUUACAUCUGUAAUGUAUAGGUAUUAAAUAUGUUACUGAUA